UAAAAAAAAAAAAAAAAAAAAAAACAGCAUUCUACAAAGCAUGGAUUUUCUAUGAACUCAUCGACAGCCGAUUAAACGCGGUGCCGAUGUGCGUUCAGUGCGCUUAGACAGAGAGUGUGCGUUUCCGGUUUUUGUCAGGUCCGCGGACUUGGAAAACCGCAUCGUGUGCGCGGUAGCGUGAGUGUUUUCUUUGCGGACUGCGUGCACCGACUACACCGUGCACGGCGUCAUGUCGUCUCUGAGACAAGUGAUGCAAGUCAUCGGCUCGCAUCACAUUUCCAAUCAGUUAUUGGAAUCGGAUUGCGACAAGUCCGGCGGUCUAAUUUCCAAUGGCGAGUAUGCUUGGUUCGCCGCCGGGGCGAACAUCAUACUUUAUUCGAAACGGCUAGGGUCCAUUGUUUCGUCUCGGUCGUUUGCUGCAAAUCAAAAGGACAAAUCGUUGACGAUUACUUUUGUUCAAGAAUUACAUAAGAGCAAAGAAACAACUAACUUACUUUUGGUCGGAUGUUCUUUUAAAUCUUCUGGGAUAUUAUUUGUAUGUCAAUUGCCAACAUUAACCACAAUUCGUUGUAUUCAUAUACCAAAUCCAAUAUCUUAUAUUUCUACAAUAAAAAACAAAACCCUUGCUGAAGAUCAACUUUGCGAUGAAUUUAAAGUUAUGUCCACUGUAUUGUUAGUUGGUAUGGCAACUGGAGCAGUUUUCGCAAUUGAUUUAAGACAACAACACAUUGAAAAUCAAUUAAGAAGAAAUGAAAUUGUUGUAAAUGAAUUAAGACCUAGUAAGUUAUUCAUUAUAAGGAAAAAUGAGGAUUGCCAAGAAGUAAAAGAAAUGAGUGAUGAUAGUGAUUGUCAUUUAGCAAUAUUUAUAAAUGAAAAUUUCUGUAUCUAUUGUAAAAAACAAUACAGCGGUAAAUUAAACUUCAGCAUAUCAAGUUUGUUUUAUAAUGAAGAAAUCAAUACUGUUGCCAUUGGAUAUUCUACAGGUCACUUUCAACUAUGGGACUGUAAAAUGAUGCGGACAAUAUAUUUAUUAAAAGAGCCUAAAUGUGUUAUGCCAGUAACCCAUAUUACAUUUCUUGAACCAUCUGAUGAUCCAAACAAUCUAUGUUAUCUUUGGAUUAUUCAAUCAGAUAAUUCUAGACUUCCCAAUGCAACAAUGAUUGCUUUAACAUAUGAACAGAGAACGAUGAUGUCAAAUGGAUGUUUUUCAUAUAAAGUAUACAAAGGAAAUGGCAUAAAAUUAGAAAUGUCAUUACGAAGAGAAACUGGAAUUGGUCGAUGUAUAUCUGCAUUAAGUUUAUGUAAUGUGAACUUGUCCAGAAAUGAAACUGAUAUGGAUGAAGAUUGUGAAAUAAGAUUAUUUGCAAUGUUAAUGGAAAUUCGUCAAAAUGUGGAUGCCAGUCCCGAAUCUUACAUUUUUUUGUUUGAUAUUAACCAGUGGUAUAAGGCCCAGAUGCCAUCAAAUAUAAAUCAUCUUAAAGUAUCAAAUUCUUAUGCUAGUUUUGUGAAAUUGCCUCAUAUUGCCAGUUAUUUAGAUUUAAAUAUUUCCGAUAAAACAUUACGCCCUUUUGGUUACAAUUUUAGAAAUAAUGUUGAAGAACUCUAUUAUCCAUCUUCAAUAUAUUUUGAAUGCGAUUGUUUGUUAGACAAUGAAAUAAUUAGAUUUAAACAUGCUGGCGUUCAACAAGAAAUUUUGGAUCAAUUACUUUUAAAAAAUUGGAGGUUGUUAAUAAAUCCAACUUUAAUAUUCAGUCAGUGUUUACAAACAAAUUUAAGACCAUUCUUUUGGGAUAAAACAGAUGAUUACGUAAAUUAUAGUUUGCCUGAUAAAAGAAGUUUUGUAAUAUCAAUUAUAGUGGAAAAUAAAAUAAUGUCAGUUCUUAGUGCGUGUGCAGAAGAAUGGAAAAAUGGAACUUAUGUUUCUAGUGAAGCAACAAUCUUACAUUUAGUUCAAUGUCUUUGGAAACAUGUCAUGGUUGUUAAACAAUACGCAGACAAAUUAUGUGUUCCGUUAUUUGAUUAUUCUGGUACACAGCUGGGUAAAAAAAAUGAAAGAAUAUUAAAUCAUUGUUUAUCUCAAAUGUUGUGUGUUAAACAUUUCCUAGAAGAUUUACAUAAUGCAUACGGUAUUCAUAUAAUAAAUGUUGAUUAUUCUUAUCGUGUAUAUACACUAAAUUUGGUUACUCAAUAUUUUAAAGCAGUAACAUGUUUUCUUAGUUAUGGACUUUUACCAGAAUCCAUCGAAGAAGAUCCUACUCGGAAAUUUAUAAAAUGUGAUUUUUCAUCUCUUAUCCAAUAUGCUAUUAAACGGCGAAUGGAAUUUGGAGAUUUGCCUUUUUAUCUUAUCGACGCUUUUGUAAAUAAUGAACCUAAAGGAAACAAAUUAAUUGAACAAUGGCAACAUGAAGGUGGUGAAGCAACUAAAGGAUUGUAUCCACCUUCUAAUGUCCAGUGUCUAUUAAGAAUCUAUUUGAAUGCUGCACUUUCUAAUCAAAUUAAAGAUUUCAUUACUAUUUAUUUUUUGAUUGACAUCUGUUCAUCACAGGAGAUAGAUGUAAUAACUGCUAAUCGCAUGUGUAAUUUUGCUAUUGAAUUUGAUAUUGAAAAUAAAGGAUUGAAUACUCUUUGUCGUGCUAGCUGGUUAAUAGAUCACGACAUGUUUGAAGAAGCUAUGGAAAUUCUGGCCAGUAAUAAUGAAUGGAUGGUUAAUGAUAAAUCUUGGGAUUGGUAUCAUUGGACUGUAUUAAAAUUACUUGUGUUUAGAAAAAAAUAUUUUUGGGCACGGUUUUACUUGCAACUCACUAAAAUUAAUUUGGUCAACAUUGAAGAUCAUAAAUUUUAUAUUAACUUGCAAAUAAUGGACAAUCAAUGUUUCGAUACUUUAAUAUAUUUACGAGAAAGACCCUUCAAAGAAAAACAAACAUUGUUUGAUUACUUCUUCGAUCGAUGCAGAGAAACAAAAAAAUUAAAAUGUUUAAUAGAGUAUCUCUGGGAAACAGAGGAAGCCGAAUUAUUUUUGUCUUUUUUGAAAAGAUUUGAUGAUACUGAAACAUUAAUUUUUCAAGUAUUAUUCUUGUUACAACAAGGAAGACAUAGAGAAGCUAUCAAAUUAAAUCAAACAUUAAAAGUAGGCCUUACAUCAAAUAAUAAUGAUGCAUUAAAAAUUACCAGUGUUUUAAUUGAUGGACUUGAAAAAACUAUUCCUGAUGAUAUAAACCAAAAUUAUAGUCAUCAUCUUCGAAGUAUAUAUAGUAAACCAGAUGUUGUUAUGAAAUGUAUGAACAAUGAAAGUAAAAUGUUUAUUAUGGAUAUGAAUAAAACAAGUCCUUUGGUUAAAAGAAAGAGUGAAUCUUUGACACCAUCAAAUUCAAUUGAUCUUUUCUUACCAGCAAAUACUAAUUUAAGGAAGCGGUCACCUAUAGAUGAUGUAGUUACUAAUGAAAAACGAAGAAAAUUAGAAGACAAUUCAUUAAGUACACCAAACACUGUUAAUGAAAUUGUAAAACCAAUUGAAAAACAUGUAUUAGAAAUACUUAAUACGCCAUUAGUUGAAAAGACCAUAUCAUCACCAUCUAUUACAAGUUAUUCAUCAAUUUUAAAGAUGAAAUUGGCUGCAAACAAUAAACAAAUACUGUCUCCAAGAUCUUCAAUAAGAUUUAGUCUACCAUGUAAUGAUGACGCUACUGUCAAAAGAAAUGAUCCUGAAGAAGUAGUAAAUAUACAACUCGCUGAUAAUCCUGAAAAUGAAAGUUUUUAUAGUGUUGGUAGCAGUGAUGUCAAUGAUUUAACAAAUCAAACAAUCUCGGAUCAAAUACCUAUAGCUUUCCAGGAAUCGAUUAAAGAUAAUUCCAAAAUUAAUAUGAGUAAUGAAUAUGAAAAAAUGGAUAUUUCUGAGGAAAAUUCAUGUUCUGAACAAGAACAAUUUGAAAUAGAUGAUGUGUCUGAGAAUGAAAUUAAAAAUAAAGAAAUAGUUUCAAAUUUAGAAAAUGAUGAAUGUAUUAUGUUGACAUCUGAUGAAGAGGAUGACAAAGAAAUGCCAGUUUUAGCAUUAUUACCAAAAAAUACAAGUUCAACUUUGAAGGAAGAUAUUAAACUUUCUACUCCAAAAUUUGUUUCAUUAGAUGAAAAUAAAACCUUAAAUCCACAUUCUUUGACCUUGAAUUCUUCAGGCGUUGAAAGUGAUUGUCUAAUUCCAGAUAUGAAACAAAAUAUAAUUAGUAAUGAAAAACCACUAUUGAAUGAAGUUACAACAGACUGUUUAAAACUAGACACAAAUUCCAAUGACUAUGAUCCUGUAUUAAAAACAAAUAAAAAUAUUGAUGUAAUUUUAUUGGAUUCAGAAGAUGAGCACGAAAGUGAUAUUUUAUCUGAUAGUUCAUACAGUGAACAGCCCUCAGAUAGUAGUGUAGAUAGUGAUUUAGAAAAUACAAGGUACGGUAGAUUUAAAUCUCAAAAGAGACAAUAUGGUGAAGAUAGUAAUGACGAUGAACUUGGACAAGAAAAUGAGGAAGAAGAAAAUGAAGAAGAUGAAAAUGAAGAAGAUGAAAAUGAAAAUGAAGAAGAAGAAAAUGAAGAAGAAGAAAUUGAAAAUGAUAUAGAGUUAGAUAUUUCCAGAGAUAUAUCAGAACAGGAUGUUGAAGAUUCAGAAGAUGAUAAUGUUUCAGUGCAAUAUAAUGCUGUAUGUGAAGAAAGUAAUUUGAAACAUCCUUGCCUGAAUGAUUUAGAUCAACAAAGUGUUAAAUUUGAUGAAAAUAAUGAAGAAAAAGUAAUUUAUCGCAUGACAUAUUUUCAUGGAAACGAAGAGACUGGAUCUGAAAAUAAUGUUAAAAGAAAUGAUGAUGAUAACUGUGAGAAUAAUUCAGGACAUGUUUUAUUUAUUAAUGAAGAUGAAGAUAAUGAUCUAGAAAUCUCUGAAUAUGUUAAAAAUGAUGAAUAUUCAGAUAAUGUAGCAGAUGAAUCUUAUAAUAUAAAUGAAGACAAUUUAAAAGAUUCAGAUGUCAUAGUUGAUGAUGCAAGCGACGAAAAUAACUCAGCAGAAUCAGAUAUCAUUAUUGAUGAUUCAAGUGAUGAUGAAAAUAAUUCGGAAAAACAAGAUGAAAAUGAAGAAAAGGCAGAUGCACUAAAUGUCAUUUCUGAUGAUGGAUUGGAAGAAUACAACUUAGAUGAACCAACUGACACACUUGUUAGCAAAAAAGUUGAAAAUUUAGAAGAACCUGUUGUUAUAGUUGAUGAUGCAAGUGAAGAAAAUAAUUCAGAAGAACUUAAUGUUACAAGUGAAGGAAACGAUUCUGAAGAACAAAAUUAUAUAAUUGAUGAUGCUAGUGAAGAAAAUAGUUCAGAGGAAUCAGAUAUCUUACUGGAUAGUGAAAACGAAGAAAAGAAUUCAGAAGCAUUUGAAGAUUCAAGUGAUCAUAACAAUUCUGAAGAGUCUGAAUCUGAUAUCAUACUUGAUGACGAAUGUGCAACAAAUAAUUUGAAAUCGUUUGAAACUUUAAAAAGUGAGAAAACAUUAGAAAAAAAUGAAUUAGUUGACUCUGAUAAAAUGAUGGAUCCUAUUGAUACACAAUCCAAUUCACUAGUAAAUCUUGCCGAGGAGACUCAUUCUAAUAAUGAAAAUCAGAUAAGUAAUGAAGAAAAUGAGAAUUCUGAAAGUAUUAUAGUUGAAGACGACAAGACAAAUGAUAUAUAUGUGUUAGAAAACGAUGAUAAUGUUAUUAAAGUAGUAGAAAAUACAGAGGAAGACAAUAAAGAAAGUUUGCCUGUUAUUCUAGAUGACGUUGACAAUAAAGAUGAUUUAUGUUUUGACCAGAAUGAAGAUAACCAUUGUGAUGAGUAUGCUUCUUCUAAUAAAUAUCAUUCUUUUGAAACAUCAAGAAAUGAAUCUAAUCCCAUACCUGAUGAUGGUUUUAAUCAUCUUACUAUGACUGGAAUUGAAUCAGAUCAGAUAGAAAUGGAUGUUAAUCAGUCGACUCCAUUUAUGUUUGGGGAAUCAUUUUUUGGUCAACAAGAAAUUCCCGAGCAAAAACCUAUGCUUCUAUUUGGUCAUGUAUAUUCUUCUGAAAAUGAACAGUUGAAUGUAAAUGUACAAGUUGAUAAACUUGAAACCCAAGAGUUAGUUGUAGUUAAUACUGAAGAAGAUAAUACUAAUAAAGAACUAGAGGUUGAAGCAGAGGGUGAAAUUCAAGAUAUAUUGGAGCUAGAAUCAUUACCAGAGAGUAAUCCAGACGACAAUAUUGAUACACAAAACAUAGCUGAAACUAAUAAUUUACAACCAGAGUUCAAAGAAGCUAAUGAAACAUUGUCUGAUGAUGGCCAAAAUCUCUUAUUAGGUAAUUCCAGCCUUCAAAAACCUAUUUAUUUUGGAAACAUUGAUUGUGUACAAGUAUUUGAAAUUGAAGAGCAAACUCCGAAUGUAAGUGUAAAUUUAUCAAAAGAGUCUCUUGAACUGGAAAAUGAAGAUUUAACAAAUCAAAAAUCUUGUGACUUACUAACUAUCAAACAAAUAAAUCAAUCCGUGCCCAAUGAAUCAGAAGAUCAAUUCAAAACAGAGGGUAUUCUACCAAAUGAUGUCGAAACUUUUGCUAAAAAUUCUGUUAAUACAAUAGAAACAACUGAUUCAUCAUCUUGUAUCAUUGUAGAUGAUGUAAAAACUUGUUCAAUAUCUCAAAGAAACAUUGAAACAACAACUCAACCAAAAUACUUAAAGAAUAUCAUCAACACCCAAGAUGAAGAACUUAAUUCUAAAUGCACUACAUCAGUUGUGUCUUGUUCAUCGACCAUUGAACAGUUUGAUAAUUUCAGUGAUAAUGAUCAUCUAGUAAAAUCUAAAGAUAUUGCACUUCAACAAGUUGAUACUAAUGUUUUAACUUCUACAGAAGAAAAAUGUUCAGUUGACAAAGUACAAAAAUGCUAUCCUGCUUCAUUUGAACCAAGUUUAAUGCUAACGUAUGAUAAUCCCAUUGAUAAAAGUGUAAGUGAAAAAAUUGAGCUACCAAUUGAAAAUGUUGUUAAAAUAGAGUCCGCAGACAAUACUAUUAUUCUGCAAUGCCCAGAUGUUCCUAGUAAUACUCAAAAUUUUGAUGAUAAAAAAGAAUUAAAUUUAGCCGAAAAAUUGGAUAGAAGUCAUCAGAAAAAAUGUCUGGUUAUUCCACAAGUUGAAAACUAUAGUUUGCGUUCGUCUUCUAGAAGAAGUAUUUCAAAAAUAAAAAACUGCUGUUCAUUGGAUGUUCCUUCCAAAAUAGAAAAAAAAUUAACUUGUGGCAAAAUUAAUUUGUUAUCUGAUCCAAUUCAAGAAGAUAAUUCAUGUACACCUUUUGUUAUCGAGCAAAUAAAAAAAGCCAAAUCGAUUCCAUCAGUGGAUACCAAAAUAAUAACAACAAGAUCAAGAGCUAAAAGUGAACCUAAACAAGUUCAAUUGGAAACUAUUUCUUCAAAUAUUUUCCGCAGUUCUGAUAUGGUUGAAGAUAAUAGUAGACAAGUGAGGGUGUCAUUAUCAAAAAAGAAAUCUAAAAGCCAAGGAAAUAUUUCAUCGAUAAAACGCAGAAGUGGACGAUCAAAAUCUUUAGCUCCCGUAGAAGAAUCAAUAGCUACUAAUAGAAGAACUGUGUUUGGCUUAGAAGAAAUACCUGAAGAAGAUACUUCAAAUGCGGAAAAUAAUAUUCCAAAAACUGAAAGUGCAGCAUUAAAAAGAAAAUCAAAAUUCAAUUUCUUGACUAAUGCAUCGAAAAAAAUAGAACAUAAUAAUUUAAGCACAAAAUGUCAACAAAAUACAAAAAUUAGAACUCCAAGAAGAUCUAAAUCAGUUGAACCAGAUCCUGUUCUAACAUUUUCUGUUGUAAAAAAAAAACCAAAACGAAGUUCAAGUGUAAAUAUAUUAAUUUCAAAUGAAGAAAUUUCUACUCAAAAAGAUGAUUUAAUAGGAGUUUUAAAAAAAGCAUUGAAUUCGCCCAAAAAAAUUAGAAAACGUUCAGUUUCGGAAUCACUCAAGAGUAGAAAAAAACAAAAAAUCCUAAAUGAAGUUGAGGAAGAAAAAAAAGAAGUUGCUGAAUCAGAAUUAAAUUCAAAUGAGUCUUAUCAAAGUAAUCAUAAUUCUAAUUCUUCUUAUUCUUGUGAACAAUUAUCACCAAUAGCUGGAAACAUUUCUCAGCAUAUGUUGUAUACUCCAGCAAAAAAACGUUCUAAAAUACGUAUGGCCAACUUAAAUUCUGAAAAUGAAGAUUCUUCUUCAGAUGAAUCAACAGACUCCAAACGUAUUAUGACUAGAUCAAUGAUACAAAAUUCUAGCAAUAUAGAAUUAGAUCCUAUUCACCGUACAAUUAAGAGUGAAAUCAGACCACCGGUUAAAUCAAAAGUACCCAUUAACAGACCGAGAAAAUUGUCUGUUAGCAACACACCCAAAAUUAAAUCUCCAAAGAAAUCAGCUACAACUCUGUUUGAAAAAGAGGAAUUAUUGCCUAAACGCAAAGCUAAAAAUAUAAAGGAAACAAUCGUUCACGCACCAAUAGAACCAGCAAUUGUUGAACCACCUACUUCAGAAAGACGUAUGACACGUUCUCUGCAAUCAAUAUUAGAUAAAUCAUUACAGUCUACGUCUAUCAUCGGACAAGAUACAACAAUUAAUAACACCACUGUGCCAAAACCAGAAAAGAAAAGAAAUGUUAGAAAAACAAAUUUAAAAAAAAAUUAGUAAUUAACAUUAAUAGAAAGUUAAUAUUUAUAUUAAUAGGAAUAUAUUUUUAUUUAUUAAUAAAAAUUAAUCCUAUAAAUUACCUAAAACUUAAAUUCUGCCGUAUGUUGUUAUUGUACGUAUACAUGUUUAAAUUUCAAAAAAUAGAUUUUCAUCUUAGUUUAGCUGUGGUCAUGUAAGAUUGUUAAAAAAUAUAAUAUUAAAAAUUAAAUCAACUGUAUAAUUUCAAAAUUUGACUUUGAAUUUUAUUAUUAUAUUUAUAAUUAUGUAUGUUUGAUAUUGAAAUAAAUACAUUUUUUUAGUAUCAAAA